ACCCCUUCCAAGAUGAAGUUUGCGUACGUGCCCUCUCCGACUGCUCGGAAUGCCGCCAUCGCAUGUGGAAUUGCGGGAGUACUAAUCCUAACAGGCUACCUCCUACAUAUUUUUAUUAAGGCACACAUAUCCUCGCGCGAGAAAAAAGGCACUACUGAAAAGAGCGAAGCAACAACGCCGCCGCCGCCGUCGAGAGAAUGCUCUUGUCCCGCAGCUUCUCCCGCAAGCCAACCUACAAAAGAUGCGUGGCCCGUGAAAGAAAGCAACACGUCGACUAUGGAUGAAUGGAGGCCGUACCAGAUCUACUUUGUGGGAGAUCAUUCGUACACAGAAGCUCAGGAGGCCGGCGACUUCAUGAAAUACGCCGAAGGUCUCCUGACACAGGCAACUUUUUAUAUGAACAAGGUGAUCAUGAAUUGCACAGUAAAGCUCCUUGUGGUAGGAACGACUGUGUUUACACGGGAACAAGAACAGAAGUACCUGCGGUCGGAAUCACUCAACCUGACUGAAUUCCUUUCUGAAGAUGAGAAGGCGAGGACAUCUGAUAUAGUAAUCGCACUGUCAAGCACCCCAAUUAAAGCUUUGGAUGAAAACUUCUUUGCUCAGAAGAACGAGUCUUUGUGCACCAAUGACAAGUUCAUCGUGAUUGUUACUUCACCAUUCAAUUACUAUGACUUGGAUUCCUCCAUCAGUCUCGGCCUGGUUAAAACGUUAGGCUUUCCCGGGCACCCCUGCCUUGGAAUGAACCUACAGAUGAACGCCUGCUGUGGAGUGAUGAAAGAUUUGUAUAAACGCGCCCUCGCCGCUCUGGAAGGGUCGCAAUGCUUCAACACGAAGAGCACAUGUUGCAGUCCUACGACAUUCCAACUAAACAAAUUCAACCAAAGCAGUUACCAGUGCAUUAAAGUCCCAGGCAUCAAAUUAACCACACCCAAGGAAAUUAUCAGCGAGUGCGUCAUUCAGUGUACGUCCGACGGGUCUGUUAUCAAUGUUCCAAACGGAAUUACCUGCAAGAACGACACACGCGUCUCGGGUCAGCCUGACUGUAUCGGAUCAGAGAGAAAGGUCUGCCUGAACGGCGAGUGUAAGCUGCCUUACGACGACAUGGUGAAGCUGUUUUACUCCAACUGGCAGAUGAACCUCAGCGCGGUCCCUUCUUGCGGUAUUCCAUCAAGUCCGAGCUCUGCGCUGUUCCAGAGAGGCGUUUUCAGAUAAAAUGAUUUCACUGAGUUAGGGACAUCGAAGUUCCCUCCGGGUGAAUAAACGUAAAAUGAUAUUGAG